GAUUGUCUACUAAAUCACUUCCAUUCCAGGUACUAAUAACAGUAGUUGAGAUGAACAAAGCGUUAAAGAAGUUGAAUUUGGAGACCAACUAUCUUAGCGGCGACUUUUUCGCAAGAUUAUUCAAGGCAGCUCUAGUCAAUGAGACCUUGGAAGAGAUUAAAGCAGGCGUCUCAUUUGCCACUGUUGCCGAAAAGGAAAUAAUUGAUAGCAUCGUUGCAAACAAAGGAUUGACGAAGGUAUCGAUUACACUCAGGUUGCCAGAAGGACGGCAUAAGGUUGAAAAUGCCACUUUAAGGAAUGGAGAAUAUAGUAAGAUAUUAGUACAUAUAUUACAUAACAAUACCGUAAUCUUCGCAUCGAGUGUAUUCAAUUCAGAACGUGUUCUGCGUCGAGAAGCAGCGUUGAAGGCAAAGCGGGAAGCAGAAGAGUUGGCGAAGAAUCCUGUGCCGCAUCUGCCUAAGGAACCUAAAAAAGAAGUUAAAGCUAAGAAACCGGUAGUUGCAGCGGCUAAGAAGGAGAAGGAAAUCCCCGCUAACGAUGUUAAGCCGGUCGCGCCAAAACCGGUCACUUCACCUAUCAAGAACAAUCAAGCUCCUAUUAAACCUAUCUCUUCUCAAAUUACUAAUCCAACUAUUGCUUCUGCUGCUAAAGAGAAACCGAAGGAAGAGAUUGCUAAUGAUAAAGUGCCUAGAAAAGCUAUAGUUCCAAGAAAGAAGGUGGAAGAACCUAAGGAACCCGCUUCACCUGAUCGCAAGUUGUCAGAUAGGGUAUCGAUGUUAGCUAGGAGAUUGUCUGACGUUGAUUCAAGCUAUACUCCUGUAAUACGCUUGGGUGGUGAGGAGAAAAAUCCCAAGAAGCCUGCCCCCGUCCUCGGCAAGAAACCCGGAUUCCUGCCUGAUGAGGAGGAUUUGAAGGCAAUGCAAUCUGCGAAGAAGAUCCCCGAAAAGGACAUUGUUCCGACACCUGUCACACGCUUGAGUGGUGAGGAAGAAGUUCCCAAGGCUCCCGUCUCCGGCAAAAAACCCGGGUUCCUGCCUGAUGAGGAGGAUUUGAAAGCAAUGCAAGCUGUGCAGAAGAUCCCCGAAAAAGAG